UCCUUCUAGGAUCUCCGCCUGGUUUGGCCCGCCUGCCUCCACUCCUGCCUCCACCAUGUCCAUCAGGGUGACCCAAAAGUCCUACAAGUUGUCCACCUCUGGUCCCCGGGCCUUCAGCAGCCACUCCUACUCGAGUGGGCCCGGUGCCUGCAUCAGCUCCUUGAGCUUCUCCCAAGUGGGCAGCAGCAGCUUUCGGGGUGGCCUGGGUGGCGGUUAUGGUGGCGCCAGCGGCAUGGGAGGCAUCACCGCAGUCAUGGUAAACCAGAACCUGCUGAGCCCCCUUGUCCUGGAGGUGGACCCCAACAUCCAGGCCGUGUGCACCCAGGAGAAGGAGCAGAUCAAGACCCUCAACAACAAGUUUGCCUCCUUCAUAGACAAGGUACGGUUCCUGGAGCAGCAGAACAAGAUGCCGGAGACCAAGUGGAGCCUCCUGCAGCAGCAGAAGACGGCUCGGAGCAACAUGGACAACAAGUUCGAGAGCUACAUCAACAACCUUAGGCGGCAGCUGGAGACUCUGGGCCAGGAGAAGCUGAAGCUGGAGGCGGAACUUGGCAACAUCCAGGGGCUGGUGGAGGCCUUCAAGAACAAGUAUGAGGAUGAGAUCAAUAAGCGUACAAAGAUGGAGAAUGAAUUUGUGCUCACCAAGAAGGAUGUGGAUGAAGCUUACAUGAACAAGGUAGAGCUGGAGUCUCGCCUGGAAGGGCUGACUGAAGAGAUCAGCUUCCUCAGGCAGCUGUAUGAAGAGGAGAUCCGGGAGCUGCAGUCCCAGAUCUCAGACACAUCUGUGGUGCUGUCCAUGGACAACAGCCACUCCCUGGACAUGGACAGCGUCAUUGCUGAGGUCAAGGCACAGUACGAGGAGACCGCCAACCGCAGCCAGGCUGAGGCUGAGAGCAUGUACCAGAUCAAGAAUGAGGAGCUGCAAAGCCUGGCUGGGAAGCACAGGGAUGACCUGUGGCGCACAAAGACUGAGAUCUCCGAGAUAAACCGGAACAUCAGCCGGCUCCAGGCUGAGAUUGAGGGCCCCAAAGGCCAGAGGGCUUCCCUGGAGGCCGCCAUUGCAGAUGCCCAGCAGCGCGGAGAGCUGACUAUUAAGUAUGCCAACGCCAAGUUGUCCGAGCUGGAGGCCGCCCUGCAGCGGGCCAAGCGGGACAUGUUGCGGCAGCUGUGUGAGUACCAGGAGCUGAGGAACGUCAAGCUGGUCCUAGACGUCGAGAUCGCCACCUACAGGAAGCUGCUGGAGGGCGAGGAGAGCCGGCUGGAGUCUGGGAUGCAGAACAUGAGUAUUCAUACGAAGACCACCAGCGGCUAUGCAGGUGGUCUGAGCUCGGCCUUUGGGGGCCUCACAAGCCCCAGCCUCAGCUGUGGCCUGGGCUCCAGCUUUGGCUCUGGUGCGGGCUCCAGCUCCUUCAGCCGCACCAGCUCCUCGAGGGCCGUGGUUGUGAAGAAGAUCGAGACACGUGAUAGGAAGCUGGUGUCCGAGUCCUCCGACUCCUGCCCAAGUGAACAGCUGCGGCAGCCCCUCCCAGCCUGCCCCUUCUGCGCUGCCCCAGAAGGAUUCCAAGGUGGGCAUCAGUCCUUCACCUCAGAGUCGGCUGUGGGCUCUGCACCCAGUCUAGGCCGGGGCUCUGAGCUCCUCUCGACCGCCGGUACUGACUCUGGCCACCAGAGGGCACUCUUGCCUUGUGGAGACCAACAGUCUUCUGAGUCCGAGGAACCUGGUUCCCAUCUUUGCCAGAACAUCUGGAUUUGCUGA